UGGUCAGUGUGGAAUAUAGAAACCCCUCCCUUCAAACUGAGCAAACAGCUGCAGAAAGCCUUGGAGAAGGAGAACAGCAGGCAGCAAGAUGGGCUCCAGGAGCUCCAGCCUGAACAACGUCCCAAACGGCCAGGAGCUCCAGCAGCAAACGGGAUUCUCUGCUGCCCACCUCCUCCGUCUCUACGAGAGGUUUCAGUUUCUGGAUAAAGACAACAGAGGACACCUCAGGCCCGAGGACUUUGAAGCAGUGCUGGAGUUGUCUGAGAAUCCCAUUGGUGACAGAAUAGUUGAAGCCUUUUUCAAGCCAGGCCAGGAAACGGUGGACUUCCCUUCCUUUGUCCGAGUUCUGGCUCACUUUCGUCCAACUGAGAAAAACCGAAAUAGAGACAAAGGACAGCCGGAUCCGGCCAACAGCAGAACCCAGAAACUUAAAUUUGCCUUCCGGCUGUACGACCGGGACAGAGACGGAAAGAUCUCCAGAGCGGAGCUUCUUCAGGUGCUGAGGGAAAUGCUGGGUAUGCAGGUGACAGAGGAGCAGCUGCAGAGCAUCGCAGAGAGGGCCAUCCAGGAAGCGGACCUGGACAAGGACGGCGCCAUCUCCUUCGAUGAGUUCAGGAAGUCGCUGGAGAAAGUGAACAUCGACCACAAGAUGAGUAUUCGCUUCCUGGAAUAAAGAUGCAGCUUCAACCGAGGAUCUGAAGACUCGUCUCUGACUGGUCUCACCUGCUGCUGGAUCUGGACAGACACCCAUUUACAAGACCUGCUCCACAUGCUGGGCUUUAGACAACAGGGGGAGGGGAAGCAUAUGUUUAGUGGUCAUCAGGAAGGUUAGAGUCUAGUGAAAAUGGUUCUUUGAAAACGAAGCUAAUCAAUUAUAGAUCCAUCAAAUAGGGAAGAGGGAAAUAGUUAAAGCCUUAGUCUCUUUAAUUUUAAUCAUUCUGAUUUCCAGAGAGGAAAUCCCGACAUUUAGCAUCUCAGAAAAGGUUGAGAAAAAGUUGAAUAUUGAAACCUGAUGUCAUACCCUAAUCAGCUUAUUAACACAGGAUUGAAAGUCAUCAAAAGAUCCAAGCAUAUUCAUAGAGGUGCGAGUGAAAGGAAACAGUUGGAAAAUAUGCGUCAGUAAAAAUUAGAGCAAGAAGAUUUGGGGGAGCUUAGUAGAGAGGUCGAGGUCCACUGCGCAUCCUACACAUAGGCUUAAGCGUUAGAUGGCCCAAAAGUAAUCUUCUCAACUGAAAGGAAAAUUUGCAUUUUCAUUUAAUUUACCAGGGUGCUUUAGAGAACCUCCUGUUUGAGAAGGCUGCUCACACUUAGCCUAAAUGUGCCUGUUAAAAGAGUUCCUGUUAAAAGAGAGUUCUUCCUCCCCACUAUCCCUGUAUACGUGCUCAAUGCAGGAGAAUAUCUACCGUCAGAGAGGCUGGUUUCCUUUUUUUAGCAGAACUUGGCACUGGCCUACCUGCCAAAGAGUCUUUCCAAUGACCAUAGUGGUACUGGUUUUGAUUGGGCUGCAACUGGGUCUGACCUAUAGAAAUCCUAUAAACGCUAACCCUAAUGACCUUCUGUAACAACUGCUAUUAAAUGUGGAAAAAGGCAUAAAUAAAACCUUUUUAAGCUCA